GGACUCUGAAUCUCACUAUUCUCUGGUUGUUGGACCUUGGCAAAGCCUCUUUCCCUCUCUGAGCCUUAGCUUUCUCCCCUCUUAUUGGGAUUCGUCAUCAUUAGCUCCUGUGCCAGUAGUGAGGAUGUUGGGAGAUGACCUCUACGUGCUGUAGGCAUGAUCCUCUGCCAGAGUAGGCACUCGCUAAAAGUUGGGGAAACUGAAUUGAAUUGCAUUCAACCGUGGUGCACAAGCUUGUUCUGGGCCAGGGAGAAAGUGUGUGUGUGCAAGAGAGACCUGCAAAAAACAAGGCCUAUCUCUGUGCAAGUCUCUCCUCUGGGAAGGAAGGGGCCCACACAGUGACAAUAGACCAGGGGCGCUGACUCAGACAGCCAGUUCCUGCUCAUUUCCCCUCACUGCAGGACAGCGGCUGGGCCGAACAGGAGGUCAGCCUUCUGUGGGGCUCUGACUCGGGCCUUUGGCUGGGAACCUUCCCUAGAGAAAGACAAAACCAACUCACAGACAGCUCCCCUCACCUGUCUGCUGUGGUGGGGCCCUCUGGACCAGUGUGGCUGUGGGUAGGCACUGGGGGCAGAAGGAAGUGGGAAAGUGGAGAAAGGAACCUUGCUUGUUGAAUCCAGCAUUUCUUUCCCUGGGCUGUGUAGCCCAGGAACAACUUCGCAGGCAACAGACCAUGUAACUGAUGGGGCCAAACUGAUCCAGCUAGGGUGCAGGGAAACGGAGUUCAGAAAGAGUCCCUGGGUACCCACUGAGGAGCCUGGGGACACGGCUCUGAACAGCGUGGAGCCUUUUGGCUCCCUGCCCCCAGCGUGGACCCACAACACACUUCUCCCUCGCAUGAGAAUUUGCUGGAUGUGGAGUCUUGGUCAUCCAUACCACUAGGAUGGAGAGAGCCGAGUCUGUCACCCUCUUCUGGAGCCGGGGAGCUGCAGCUAACUCGGGUCGGGAAAAUGCGACAGCGACUGCCCACUCGAGGUCGUCAUGGCGACAGCCAGUGAACGUGUUCCUCUCCUCGGGCAGGCCCCCGAGUGUAGAGGAGCUGCUUCGAGAGGCGCAGCUCAAUCUCCAGAGCCUGUUGCAAGAAGAAUAUGAGGAACAGUACUCGGAGGCCAGACUCCUGGGGCAGACCUUCCGCUCUGCUGAUGAGGCCCCUGAGCCCACCCUUAGCCCAAGGCCCCAGGCUGGCAGGCGUCUGGAGUUUGUAUUGAUGCCUACAAAACGGCAGCUGAGAGAGGAUGAGACUACCACCCAGGGUGUGAGGGCCCCUGAGGCCUCCCUGAGCCUGUCUACCACAACCGACAAGCAAGCUGCCUGGAAUAGCCCCUUCCCUCUGCCCAUCCUAGAGGAGAAACGGUGGCCUCAACCUUGCUCCACGCACUCUGACAUUGUGCCCAUCAAUAUCUCUGGGCAGCAGUUUGAUAAACAUGCAAGUUUGCGACACUCGUUGUUUAACACAGAGACAGCCGUGAACCCCAAAUCCACCCUGAGGCGGAGGCGGACCAUUAUUGGAUUCUCUAACUUUUCCCAGCGAGACCAAGGUCACAGCAAUAGCCCAGCAGGCAGUGUGGCCUGCUCCACCACCUCAGACAUCAGGCUCAGUCAUUCGGUCCCAGAAGGUGUCCAUGGAAGAGUUGCAGUUGGUCAGGAAGUUCAUUUCCCAAAUCUCCCCUCACCGGUACUGAGGAGUCCUUUGAGUGAUCCAGAAGAAACUCUCCAGGUGCGUGGUGGCGCACACCCUCCUAGCAUGGAGGGCAUAGGAAUGGUGUAUAGCAUCCCCAGUUCUUGCAAUGGACCAACCGAAUCGACGUUCUCUGCUUCCUGGAAGGGAGAUACUUUUACCUACAUGGCUCCAAGUGCCACCAGUCAGAGUACUCAAGUCAGUGAAAAUGGAAAAAAUCCUUCCUCUGGGAAUGUUUGGGUGUCUCUGCACACACUGCCACCUCUAGUUCCUAAGGAGGCUGCUACCCUCUUUGUUACCUGUGAUAACCCAGCAGGAUGCAGUGGGUCAGUUGGCUACUCUGAGCACCCUGCUCAACGAAGGCAGGCAGUGGAACGACCCUCCAAGAUUGGCCUUCUCACUAGUGUUACCUCAAGGAUGGAGACAGGCCCAGGUGGGUCCAGCAGGUUCCGGGAGCGGUCACUGUCUGUGCCCACAGACUCAGGCACCGCAGAGGUGGACUAUGAUGAGGAACAGAAGGCUGGUGAAGCCUGUGCCCUGCCUCAUGCCAGUACAAGUUCUGAGGGCAGUAACAGUGCUGACAACAUUGCCUCCCUUCGUGCCCAACAGGAGACCCAGCACAGAAGACAGAGAUCCAAGAGUAUCUCGCUCAGGAAGGCCAAAAAGAAGCCUUCCCCACCAAUGCGCAGUGUCUCACUGGUCAAAGAUGAGCCAGUCCUCUUGCCAGAAGGUGGGUCAGCCCUACCCAAGGACCAGAGGCCCAGGAGCCUUUGCCUCUCCUUGGAACACCAAGGACAUCACUCAUCCCAGCAGGAUGCUCAGGAUCACCCAGCUGUGCCGACCUUCAAAGAUCCGGAAGGCACACAAUUCUCCCACCACUGGUAUCUUACUGACUGGAAGUCUGGUGACACCUACCAAUCCUUGUCCAGCUCCAGCACUGCCACGGGCACCACAGUCAUUGAGUGCACCCAAGUUCAGGGCAGCUCAGAGUCUCUUGCCUCCCCUUCCACGUCCAGAGCCACGACACCUUCCCAGCUCUCCAUUGAGGUGGAGGCCAGGGAAGUAUCCUCCCCAGGAAGGCCUGCUGGGCUGAUGUCACCCUCCAGUGGAUACUCCAGCCAGUCAGAGACACCAACACCCACCGUCUCCAUGUCCUUGACCCUGGGCCACUUGCCCCCUCCAAGUGGCAGUGUCCGGGUGCGUCCAGUGGUACCUGAGAGGAAGUCAUCACUACUCCCGACAUCACCAAUGGAGAAAAUGUCCAAGUCACGGCUGUCGUUUGACCUACCACUGACCUCGUCAACCAACCUGGAUCUGUCUGGGAUGAGUAUCUCCAUCCGAAGCAAAACCAAGGUGAGCCGGCAUCACUCAGAUACAAAUUUUGGGGCCAAGCUGGCCCAGAAAACGAGCCCCAACCAGCCAGUUAUGCCCAUGGUUACUCAGUCUGACCUACGUUCCAUUCGCCUGAGGUCAGUCAGCAAGUCUGAGCCAGAAGAUGACAUCGAGAGCCCUGACUAUACUGAGGAAGCAGGAGCAGAAGUCUUCACCUUGCCAGAGAGAAAGAUAAAACCUCCCAUAGCUGAGAAGCCCCCCGUGGCCCGAAGGCCUCCAAGCUUGGUCCACAAGCCACCAUCUGUCCCUGAGGAGUACCCGCUAACUUCGCUUACCUUGGCUAUGACCCCCAAGAGCUCCAUUCAACACACGAGGCCACUCCCUCCAGACGUCUACACAGUGGUGCGGAAACCAAAGUCCUCCAGCCCUGAGGGCAGAAGCCCAGGGGAGUCAACAGCAGCCUCAACUCUUGUUUUCACACCUUUUGCUAGUUCCUCUGGUGCUUUCUUCUCAGGAACACAGCAACCUCCCCAGGGAAGUAUGGAGGAUGGAGGCCCCAAAGUGAGAGCCCUGCCUGAAAGAAUUAGCCUCCAGAGCCAGGAAGAAGCAGAGAAAAAGAAAGGCAAGAUACCACCCCCUGUCCCAAAAAAGCCCAGUGUGCUGUACCUGCCUCUCACAUCACCCACAGCUCAAAUGGAGGUGUAUGGAACCGAACCAAGGCUGUCUCUCAGCCCCAUCAUCACCCUUCAGGAAGAAGCCAGCUGUCCCCCCACCAGUGACCAACUGCAGUCACCUGGUACAAGGAUGACUUCAACACCGGAGGCUGAAGGUGAAAGGGAGGCAAGUCCUCUAGGGAGUUCUACAGAAGCAAGCACUGAAGAAAAAAGUGUAAUCAGUGAUAAAACAGCCGAAUGGAUUGCUGAAGAGGACGAUGACGUGUUUGUGGCUUCACGCACAACUGAAGAUUUGUUUACUGUGAUACACAGGUCCAAAAGAAAGCUGCUUGGCUGGAAAGAGCCUGGUGAGGCCUUUGCUGGCGGCAGCAGACCAAGCUCCCAUUCACCAAUAAAGAACACAGCUGAUUCUCCAAUCAGUGAGUCAGCUGCUUCUGCGGGGUCAAGUGGCAGUGCCAACCUAGAUGCUGGCAGAAACGAUGAUUUCAAGGCCUUGCUACAGAAGAAGGGAAGCAAGACAACUCCAAGGUCCCGCCCCUCAGCAGCCGAACUGCUGAAGACCACUAACCCACUGGCUCGGAGAAUUAUUGCACAAUUUUCAAAAGACUGUGAAACUACCGAUGACCCCAGUACCUAAGUCCCGAGUUCAGUUAACAGGGUUUAGUUACUAAACUUGAGUAGACAAAGGGGAAGAGAAAGGGUUUUAAAAAGUAAUCAUGGACAUAACAGAAGAGCCUACAUUUCUUUUACAUUAACUCACACUCUGGACAGCAGGAGACAGGUCACUUUAUCUAGAACUAAAUCAUCAGGCACUUUAAUCAUCUUCAGACCUUUUACAUUUUCAUACUUACAAUCUUGCCAUUACCCAACUACCGAUUUUCUCAUCUUCCCCCAGUGUUGUGCCCUGAGAAGAAAUUCUCAGAUGCAAGGGCACAUGUACCAUCUUUUCAAUCAAUGGCCAGGCUGCUCCAUCCCUGACUCCUGUCACUGAGGGGCACAGUGUGAGAGUGGAUUGGGGACUGCCAAAACUGGGGAUCAUAGGGUGCCAUUGCUUAUUAUUCACUUUCCUGGCAAGGCCUUGAUGGCCCUGUGUGGAGAAACAAAAAGACUCUGGUGCCUCUCCAUCCACACUUAAAUUCCCCCCACCAGAGAGGUUUGUGGCUGUGCACUUAUUUCAGCAUGGGGUUGAUUGGAUGGCUUUUGUCAUUCAAAAUAUGAAUGUGAGUCUGUCUUGAAAUUCAUGCCUUUUUCAGUUUGAUUGUCUAUGCGGAGAUCAGGGUGAUGACAUUCAAUAAUCAUGUAGACGACCCCCCCCCCCGCCCCCACCAACUAGGAAAAGUCAGGACUGGGUUGCUUUGGAUGAAUCAAGUUCAGCCAACAAAUGAGGCAGCCAUUUGUUCACUCAGAUCUAUCCAAGGUAACUUGUACAUUGCGCCUUGAAAUUCUUCAAGUGUCUGUCAACAAUGAUAGCUAGAAUCAGUGCCCAGCUCAUGCUGCAUUCUAAGAACUCUCGUUUCAUUUGCAUAUAACCUUCAUUACAGGAAGUAAUUAGCUGAAGGAACAGCAUCAUCAAAGGCUCAAGGAGGAGAGAAAGUAAGUGUAACUUGUCCACCUCCAUUCAGUUUAGAUUGUGGUUUGUGGUUCCUUUUGUUUUUGUUUAAAGGAAGUCUUACUCUGUUCCCAAACCAAGAAUGUAUGGACUAAAAAGAAUAUAUCCAAAACCUAAAAGGCAGCCUUGCAAGUGGCUGUGGCCCAUAACACACACACAAAAAGGGCUACUUUUUGCCAUUUAUGUUCCACUGUGUGACUGACUUUACAUUAACUAUGUUGGGGGAGAGUGUAGGAACUCAGGGGAAAUGAGAUGCUGACGGAGCCCCCAGAGCAAUCAUUGUGACUGCCCCCCACACAAGCUUAUAGGCACUAACUAUUCUUGUCAGUUCAAUUUUCUAAGCAGAGCAAGAAAAGUAAUUCAUUUGGUUUUCAUGUGUCUGGUUUUGGGGAGGUUGGGGGAGAAAAACAGUCAAUGCAUUGAACAAAAACUGGCUGACCAAUAAUGGAGGGUUAAUGGUCCACAUUCCCGAGAAGGGAAAAGAAAAGUCAAAUGAAAUUGUUGCCUGAUUCCUGGACCCCUUCCUCCUUCACUGCCACCCCCCCCCCAACCCAACAGAUUCAUUGGCCAACAUCCUGGAUGAUGCAGAAACUGCCCCAGAGACAAGCAGAUCUUGAUUUUGAUAGGUCACAUCGCUCACCAAUGAGAAGCAAGCUCUUAGCUCCACUACCCGCACUCCUGCAGACAGAGCAGCUGAAAAACUACACUGAGAGCUGAGAAGACUUGGGCCUCUCAUUCAGAGGUCUUAAGCCUAGGCCCUUGGUUGGUACAGGUCUGAAUUCUAGACUUCUAAGUGCAGGCCAGGCUCAUCAACUUCUUUGCAAUCAGCACUGCCCCCUAACUUAGAGGCCACUUAAAAUAAUAAACAGUGAGAACCCAGUUGCUUUCGAAAGCAUUCAAACUAUUUGGUUUGAAGGUCCAGAUCAAAUUUCAGGGGUUUUGCCUGAAAUAAAAUAGAUUCAUUCCUGGCCUGAAUUUAUAUCUGAAUGCCACACUUGUCUGCCCCAGACUCAGAAUUCCAAAAGACAGAAACAUUUUUCCUCUGCAGGGAAAUGAAGGGGUGUUCAUGCUUUGGCCUAACAAAAGUGAAAGGCUGCCAGGGCCUUCUCAUUGGGAACCACUUUGAACAGCUGAGCUCUGAAGCCAAAUAAGAGACUCAUAUAGUACAGGAUGUGUUACUUCUACUGGUUUUUCUGGAAGCUUCUUGUUUGCUACUUCUAGUGGGUUUCACCUUUCUGUCCCUGGGUGGUUUUCCCAAAAGAUUCUAAAGCUGAAUGCCCAGACACUUUUAUGUUUUGCCGUUACCUUGAGUCUUGCUUUCCUCUACAAUGGUCUGUAUACCUGGAAUUUUUGUAACAUCUUCUGCAUCAUUACUAUGGCCUUCAAAUACCCAGUGGUGUUUCCAUUAGCACAAGAGGAUUUGGGGCAGAGAUUUUAUGGUCAGAGGUAACAUUGAGGGCAAGAAAUAUUCCUUUAAUAUUUUGCAACAGGUGGACCUAAUCCCAGGCAAACAACCAAACUGUAGAAUUUGUUAGUCACUGAUGACUAUAACACCAAACAUCUUUCCUACUCCUAACCCUCAACCUCUCUCGUCCCCAUGAUUAUAACACCAACUCCCACCGAGGCACACAGCACAAUGUUUGCUGCCCUCUGUACCGACUCUGUUAAGACCAGAGAAGAGAGGCUGACAGCCCCUCCAUGUAGGCUUUCAGAGACCUAGUACCGCCACGGUUACUAGUGCAAAUAAUAAUGAUCACAAUUUUUGAGCAUGGAAUACAGAAGGGGUUCAAGUAAAAUGAAGUUUGCCACAGGAGGUCAGCUUCCAAUUCAAGUUGUUUCUAUCCUUUUGUUUGCUCUGAUUCCAACCAAUAGCCACAGGUAGCUCUGCUGGACUAACCUCAGUGUAGUCAUGAGUAGAGGGAGUCAUCCCCAGGAGAGGUCAAUGGUAGCAAAGAGUGAUUUACUCUUGGUGGGUAUUCAUUACGUAUUUGUGGUUCAAAUGUCAAGAGUAGAGAGCAAGCCAUUCUUGGUAGAGCAGGAAGCCUCGCUGGUAUCGCCUCUCCUUUGUCUGCCUCAUCUCUUACCUAAGCCUCCCACCUGGUCCCAACUUGUCCCUUAGCCCUGACUCCUGUGAACUGCAUCCCUAACCUACAGCUUACCCUUUAAGGAGGCAAGACCACAAACAGCGAAAUAGUUCGUGUUAGCCUAAUGACCACAAAAACCAAUUGGUCUGAAGGCAUCACCUUGAAUGUGCAAAGACUAGAGAAGAUUCUAUAAAGGCUUACAACAAGCAUUUCACUGGACAUCCAUUUUAAAUCUCUAGACAACACGGAUCAGAUUGUGAUCCUGCAGUACCUAUCUGUCUGAGCAGAUGUGUCCGUGCACCUGCCCUCUUCCUGAUAAACAAACUAUUCCUUAAAAAAUUGAGUUUGUGGCCAGUGCUCUUGUUCCUCACCAGUGCAGCCUUCCAUCAUCACCAAGUCUGUAACACAAUAGUAGGCUUUCACUUUAAUCUGAUUUUCCAGGGCCAGGACUAGAGUGAGGUGAACGAAGCGCCCACUCUCAGGGCCGCACAAGUGCCUUACCCUCGUCUCAGCCCUGCACUUUGCACUCUAUGAAUAUCAGUUUAUCUUCUUCCUGUGAAUAAGUGUGGUUCCUCUGAUAAAUCCCUGUUGUUGCACCAAAUGUUUUAUUGCCAUCUUUUUCCAUUGCUAUAAGCCUUUGUAUGCCUAUACAUCUAAGAAUAGACAAUAUUAUCAGAAAACAUGGUUGAUUUCUAAGCAACCUGCUCCAAGUGGCAAGUUAGCACCCAUUUUCAGUAGGGAUGCAGACGGAGACAGCCCUUCAGCACAAUAGUGAAUGGGCUGGAGGUCUGCCAUUGGGAUGGAUCUUCAUUCUCCUCUUUCUGCUCCAUUUUCCCCAGACCUUGCUUCCCAGCCCCAACUCUCCUGAGUGCCUCCUAGUUUGUUCUCUUUACUAAGAAAAACAUGCUCUCAGGAAAGGGAUAGAGUCCUUUACUUUAACAUCAUAAGGCUUAAUGCUACCUUUUUUGAGGGUCGCUUGCAUUAUAACAGGGGAAAAGCCUUAAGCGAAAGGAAUUGAAGUUCUGCCUGUAGAAUUCUAGGCCUCGAUUAGCUGCAAAGUGUAUUUUUCACCACAGAAAGGCCAAAUUCCCUGAAAGCUAACUCCAGAACAUAGAAAAUACCUUAAUCUCCUGGAAUUAUUGUAUUAAAUUGCUGGUGGUUGAUUAAAUAGUCCUGAUACCCCAUGCUGUUCUAUUGGACAAGGGACCAAGGGAUCACAUCUACCAAGAGACUCUCAGAAAUGGCUACUGAAAGCCACUGAGAAGGCCAAGAUCAUAUUGUACAUUAACAUUUUUACACAAAUGGAAUUAAUACUAGUCAUUUUAGUAAAAGAACACAAGGACUUAGAGUUUGUGAAAAUGUGUCCUGUUUGUGAAAGGUGAAACUGUCUGAUCAAUGUCUGAUCCAUAUUGGUCUCUUGGUGGUGGUGGUAAUUAUUAAACUUGCUAGAGGUACAACUUUACUAAACACAAGCCUCUGCUUCCCCUGCCCUUAUUUAUGUUUUGUGCUAUCACUUCAGCUUGGUGUGAGAGAGACCAGAUCUACACCAGAGCAUCCAGUCCCUCCAAAGUCUUUGCUCGUAUUUUAGCUAUAAGUCACCAAGGUAUUAGGGAUUUAAAACGACAAGAGUGGGAAGAGCUGCCUUAGUCAAAGAGCAGCAAAAAUGAAAAUUUAAACAAUGACAUGGAAUAAAGUUUUAGAAUAUUCUGACACAGAUUUAUAUAGGAAUAUGGCAGUAAACAGUUAUAGCCAAAUAUUUGAGGUGCUUUUCAUAAGUUUAGCAAAAAUUAAUUUGCAUAAGUAAUGGAUUGUGUGAAAUAGGAAUAUACAUUUGUUCAGUAAAAGCCCAAAAUCAAAGCCAGUGGUUCUCAAAGUGUCAUCCCAGAAACAGCAGCAGCAGCAGCCCUGGAGUGUGUGUGUGUGUGUGUGUGUGUGUGUGUGUGUUCCAGUGAUGUUACUUCUCCAAGCUCCUGAAUCACUAUAGCCACAACUGUUCAAAUGAUUUCAAACUUUCCCACCAUUUCUGCUGUCAUCACAGUGAUUGGUCUCUGGCCAAGUGAUGUAUAUUGUCAUGUUGGUCAGGUAUACAUUUGUUUGGUGUUAAGAAAUUACCAGAUUGAAUCAACUCGCUUAACCUGCAAAACUCUUGAUUUGACUUAGCCAGCAUGUCUGGCCCGUUUUGGAUUUAAUUUUUUUGAAUUCACAAAUAGGAAAAAAGGAAAAAAGUGUUAUGUUUGAUAUUGCCAACCCUUAAAUACCUAUCUUCACCAAGGUGGCUGUUCUCUAGGAGGGCUCUGAUUUUAAGAUUUUGCCUACAUAGUAGAAUUUGAGAUCAACAAAUACACCAACAAAAUCUGAACUGGAACAACCAAUUAACCCCCCUCAGCUUCUUUUCAAUGCCAAGCUUUAUAGAAACUUAUUCCUUAUGUGGUGUUCCACUUUUUUUUAAUGUCCAAUUUUACCAAAUGUUAUGCAUGCAAAUGCAACAUUGUGCUCACUGUAUAAGUCACCCCAAACUCAUUUUCUCCUCCAUAUGUGUGGUGGUAAAGAAAUAUCAAUAUGUAUGUUCUUACCUCUCCUGAUCAAAUCUGUAAAUUACAAAUCUUUUCAUUAAUUUUUAAAUGAGAUAUAUUUACUCUG